AGCUUUAUCCUUUGAUUGAUGGACAGCUGCGGCAGCCAAUUAGGAUGGAGAGAGGGAGGAACUACUUUCCCUCAACUCUGGUCCCAGGGAAGGCUGCCUCCAUUUUUAAAUUCAGACAUAAUAGAAGCAGCCACAAACCGAAGGCCCCAGCAGUGAACCUCGCUUCAAUACAAGGGCUCAAAUUGGAGUUCGCGCAGGAGAAACUGGAGCCGGUACCCUCCAGGACCAACCUCUCUGCCCUUUAUUGGCACCAUGUUGCAGGUUGACUUUAAAAAACCCCAUAUUUCAUUUAAUCAGCUAAAUAAGAAGUAUGGAAAUAUCUAUAGCCUUCAAAACUGCUGGACUAACGUGGUGGUACUGAAUGGUUUCAAGACCAUUAAAGAAGCUUUAGUCGAUAAAUCAGAGGACUUUGCUGAUCGCCCUCACUUUGCUGUCUAUAGUCAAUUAUUUGGCUUUGGAGACAACAUUCAAGGAGUGAUAAUGGCAAGAUACAGCCAUGCUUGGAAGGAGCAGAAAAGAUUCACACUCUCCAUACUGAAGGACUUUGGAAUGGGAAAGAAAUCUCUGGAGCAGUUAGUGACUGAGGAAGCUGGAUAUCUGUGCUCUGCAUUUAGCUCUAAGGAAGAUUGUCCAUUUGACCCUCACUAUCUUAUAAACAAUGCUGUGAGCAAUGUGAUCUGCUCCCUCACUUUUGGCAAUCGUUUUGACUAUAGGGAUCAGAAAUUUAAGAGGUUGCUUCAUCUGCUAGCAAAUGCUAUUAAAGAAGAAGCUGGAUUCUUGCCUCAGUUCCUUCAUGUGACGCCCUUUUUGCUGCACAUUCCUGGAGUGGUGGAUCAAGUGUUUCAACAUCAAAAAGAUUUAUUUCACUAUUUAGAGGAAUUUGUGAAAGCGCACAGAGAAACCUGGAAUUCUUCAUUUAAGAGAGACAUCACUGAUGCAUUUUUAGAAGAAAUUGAGAAGAGAAAGGAUGACAUAAGCAGUAGUUUCAAUGACAGGAACCUCUCUUUGGUAAUUGGAGACCUGUUUGCCGCUGGCACAGAGACGACCACUACUACCCUGCGCUGGGGGCUGCUCCACAUGAUCCUCCAUCCCAAUGUCCAGAGUAAAGUCCAAGAAGAAAUUGAUGAGGUGAUCGGCAAGUACAGGUCACCCCAAAUGGAGGACCAGCCAAACAUGCCUUAUACUCGUGCUGUGAUCCAUGAGAUCCAACGGUUUGGGGAUAUUGUUCCAACGGGUAUACCCCAUAUGACAUACCGAGAUACAGAAUUGCAAGGCUACUUUAUCCCAAAGGGUACCACAAUCAUCACCAACCUGUCAUCUGUGCUGAAAGAUGAAGCCAUGUGGGAGAACCCGCAUGAAUUUUACCCGGAACAAUUUCUAGAUACAAAUGGGCAGUUUGUCAAGCAAGAGGCCUUCUUGCCUUUCUCUGCAGGUCGCCGUGCCUGCCCAGGAGAACAACUAGCUAAGAUGGAGCUUUUCCUCUUCUUCACAAACCUCCUUCAGCGUUUCACCUUCAUUAUCCCAAAAGAUCAGCCCAGGCCGAGAGAGGAUGGAUGUUUUGCUUUUACACUUAUCCCACAUCCCUAUCAGAUCCAGGCUGUUUCAAGAUAAGAACAGAUGUGUGCAGAGUUCUUCUUAUGAUUUUGAGAUCUCCAAUCUCUCACACUUUUGUAUGUCUAUUUGCAAAUAAAUAAUGUAAUAGAAUGUUGAA